GUACUUUAAUUGAAUAUUAUCUUUCUUUAUGACUCAUUUUUUUGUUUUCGUACAUAUAUCCCCCACUUCCCAUGUCUUUCUUCACAUCUUCCACCAAAAAAAAAAAGUGCAAAAGGGAAUAAAAAAAAAGAAAAAAGAACAACACCCAUUUCACCAUUUUACCUUUGAUCUCCAAGAUUUGCUCAAAAAAAUAAAAAAGGAGAGUUUUUUAUUUUAGGUUUGUUGAAUUUCAUGGAGUUCAAGAAAGUGGAUUGUUCAAUUUGUGCUGUUUUUGUUGUUGUACUUGUGCUAUGUACUGGUUUAGUUAGUGGGGGUGAUAUAGUUCACCAAGAUGAUAUUGCUCCAAGUCGACCUGGUUGUAGCAACAAUUUUGUUCUGGUCAAAGUUCCGAUCUGGGUUGACGGUAUAGAAGUAACAGAGUUUGUUGGUGUUGGUGCUCGAUUUGGACCGACAUUGGAAUCAAAGGAGAAGCGUGCUAAUCAGACAAGACUGGCUUUUGCAGACCCUCCGGAUUGUUGUAGCACACCUAGGAAUAAGCUCACUGGUGAGGCUAUCCUGGUGCACCGAGGUAAUUGCAGUUUCACUACCAAAGCUAACGUUGCAGAAGAUGCCGGUGCUUCAGCUAUCCUCAUAAUAAACAACCAAACAGAGCUCUUCAAGAUGGUUUGUGAACCCCAUGAACAUGACUUGGACAUUGGUAUCCCUGCUAUCAUGCUCCCACAACAUGCUGGCACAAGCCUGAUAAAGUUUCUUGGAAAUAGCUCUUCUGUUUCUGUACAGCUGUACUCUCCAAAGCGCCCAAUGGUCGAUGUAGCUGAAGUAUUUUUAUGGCUUAUGGCAGUUGCUACCAUAUUAUGUGCUUCUUAUUGGUCUGCAUGGCGUGCCAGAGAAGCUGCAAUUGAGCAGGACAAGCUCUUAAAAGAUGGCUCAAAUGAAUGCAAUGUCACAGAGGGGUCUCGUUCCGGUGUUGUGCUGGAAAUCAACAUAAUAUCAGCAGUUCUGUUCGUGGUGGUUGCAUCCUGCUUCUUGAUUAUGCUUUACAAAUUGAUGUCCUCCUGGUUUAUAGAGGUUCUAGUGGUUCUAUUCGCCAUUGGGGGUGUUGAGGGUCUACAAACUUGUUUGGUCGCUUUGCUAUCAUGUUUCAGAUGGUUUGAACGUUUUGGACAGUCAUACAUUAAAAUUCCUUUUCUGGGACCUGUUUCAUAUCUGACGCUGGCGAUUUCUCCAUUCUGCAUAGCCUUUGCAGUUCUGUGGGCAGUUUACCGUCACAUCUCCUUUGCUUGGAUAGGUCAAGAUAUACUUGGUAUUGCAUUGAUCAUCACGGUUCUCCAGGUUGUGCAGAUUCCAAACCUCAAGGUGGGAACAGUUCUUCUGAGUUGUUCUUUAUUGUAUGACCUUUUCUGGGUGUUUCUUUCCAAAAGUUUGUUCCAUAAGAGUGUGAUGAUAGUGGUUGCACGAGGUGAUAAAAGCGGAGAAGAUGGCAUUCCUAUGUUACUGAAAAUCCCACGGUUGUUUGAUCCUUGGCAUGGCUACAGUAUCAUUGGAUUUGGUGACAUAAUUUUACCAGGUUUACUGGUAGCAUUUUCUUUAAGGUACGACUGGCUGUGUAAUAAGAGACUUCGAGAUGGAUACUUCUUGUGGGCUAUGCUUGCUUAUGGUUUAGGUUUGCUCACUACAUAUGUGGCACUGAAUUUGAUGGAUGGUCAUGGUCAACCUGCUUUGCUUUACAUUGUUCCUUUCACACUAGGCACAUUUUUGACGCUGGGAAAGCAAAGAGGUGAUCUCAAGCAUCUAUGGACAAGAGGAGAGCCAGACAGGCCUUGCCCGCAUGUCCGGCUUCAACCAGAGUAACUAGAUAGUAGACAAGCCAUCAAUCUGUAAUCCACGCAUAACUCUGAUUUCUCCAUAUACACGUUGGUGUAUAAGAGUAAAAUCGUUCAAGAGGGUAGAACUCUGAAGAUAGCUGGACACUUUAGUAGACUGCCCUUGUUGUGAACGCUGAGCAGAGACAUAUCACUGCUUAGCAGAAAAGCUGAGAUGUAGAACUUGUAGUUUAAAGUAGAGUUGUACUGCCCGUGCACCUGCCAAGCUUCAUGCCUUAAGCUGUUCAAAUCCUGUCACCAUCAGGCAGUAGCUGUAAUCGCGCUUCUUUGGACGAAGCCAGUGUGCAGUAAUUUCAUCUAUAGUAGGAAAAAAAGACAACUUUUGUAUAACACAACUUGUUUUAGCUUACAUUGUGCAGCUUUUGUACUAACUUGAGGGCUGUUCAGUGAACAGUAGAUGUUAUUUACUCAACUAUGGUUUUGUUUCUUUGAGCAGAAAUCAUUUUAUUAGUAAGUUCUGUUUACACUUCUAGCAACAUUAUC